GAAAAUAUAAAUGCAGAGCGCUCCCCAUCGUCGUCACGGUGAAUCUAUCCGGUGCAUUCUCUUCUCGCCUCGCGGUUGCCAUGUCGUUUUCCAGCUCGCGAGCGCCCGGCCCCGUUUGUGUAUAAAUAUGUCCAUGCACACCCUGCACCAGAUUAGCUGGAGCCGCCUGACCUGACACGCACGCACAGCUGCCUUCUUCUUUCUUGCUCUGCUCCUCUGCCCACUGUUUGUUGUCGCCAUGGCUCGGCGGCGGCCGCGCUGGACGUGGGCGGCGGUCUUUAUCGCUGGUGUUCUCGUCGUCUCUGCUUCUGUUUCUACGGCGGCGGCGGCGGCGGCGGCAGAGGAGGAGGAGAAGAAGCUGCUGGUGGACAUGACGCUCGUCCCGGACGCCGCGUCCGCGGGAGCAGUGUGCCUGGACGGGAGCCCGCCGGCGUACCACCUGGACCGCGGCGCCGGCUCCGGCGCCGGCUGGCUGCUGCAGUUCGAGGGCGGCGGGUGGUGCAACGACGCGCGGUCGUGCGCCGAGAGGGCCGGGACGCGCAGAGGCUCCACGCGCCUCAUGAACAAGCUCGAGGUCUUCUCCGGCGUGCUCAGCGACGAUCCGGCCAAGAACCCAGAUUUUUACAACUGGAAUCGAGUGAAGCUGCGGUACUGCGACGGCGGCUCCUUCGCCGGUGAUUCAGAGUUCAUAAACGGUACUUCAAUCAUCUACAUGAGAGGGCAGAGGAUAUGGGAUGCUAUCAUCACCGAUCUCUUUCGAAAAGGCCUUGCGACAGCCCAACAGGUACUGCUCUCAGGCUGCUCAGCAGGAGGCCUGGCGACAUUCUUCCACUGCGACGACCUCCAGGAGCGUCUUGGAGGUGCCACCACGGUGAAAUGCAUGAGUGACGCUGGGUUUUUCCUUGAUGUGGAUGACAUUUCAGGCGACAAUACCAUUAGACCUUUCUUUAGCAGUCUAGUCGAUCUGCAGGGAGCUCAAAAGAAUUUGAACAAAGAAUGUUUGAAUUCGAUGCUCUAUCCUUAUCAGUGCUUUUUCCCACAAUAUGCGCUUCAAAACAUAAGAACCCCCUAUUUCAUCUUGAAUUCAGCUUACGACGUAUAUCAGUUCCAUCACACAUUUGUGCCUCCUUCUUGUGAUCCUAGAGGUCAGUGGAGCCGCUGUAAAUCAGACCCUGCGGCAUGCAGCACAUCCCAAAUUGCAACUCUCCAAGGCCUGAGAAAUGCAAUGUUAACGGCUCUAAACCUGUUCGAAGGCGAUUCGAAGGUGGGGAUGUUCAUCAAUUCUUGUUUUGCACAUUGCCAGAGCGAGCUGCAGGACACAUGGUUUGCACCAAAUUCCCCAAGUCUACACAAUAAGGUACUAAAACAAUUUGCAUGUACUUGUAUGUAUGUUGCUUCCAUUACAAUCUCUUCGGAGUUUCAGACAAUUGCAGAGCUGGUUGGGGAUUGGUACUUUGAAAGGGGUGCUGCCCAAGAAAUUGACUGCGCUUAUCCCUGUGACUUGACGUGUCACAACAUUAUACCAACUGGUUAUCCUUUUGACAGGGUUAAAGAAAUUCCCGAAUUUUAACCGAUCAUUUGAUAUUGAGGCAACAGAUUUAAAAGACUCCAGGGUCACUGGGUUUAGCGAGAGAUGAAACAGGAAAGUUAUGGUUCAUCUGUGUAGCUCGCCAUCUAGAAACAUCCGCCGGAGCGGUGUUACGGCAAUCCUAGUGAGGAAGAAGGCAGUAGAUCAGUGACGUGACUGGCAAUUUUCUGCAGUUCUUCGAGGGGAAACAUAUAAUCAGGUGGAGGAAUAUAAAGGGGUAGCUUAGCGGCCUAUUGAAUGGCUUCCAAAAGCUAAAUGAAAUGAAAUUGAGUUGUAAGAUGCACAUUCGCGUUGCACCUGGAUGAAUAGGUGGGCUUGCUUCAUCGUGUUGGUACUUGGUGAAGAAUGUUGUGAUUGUGAAGUUUACUUGUAGCACUGAAUCAGUCAGGGGGGAGGGGAUAUAUGUGGGAUUCUGCUUGCACAUAUCCCAAAUUGCAACUCUCUACAUACAAAUUGCGCAAUGUCCAUCAAACUAAUUACCUGUA